AUGGGUCCCCAAAUUCCACAUCAGCAGGCAAUCAAUCCGUUGGAGCUAUAUCAGAUGUUAGAGGUGGCCUCAAAAUGUACACGUCACACCCUCAGAUUGGUGGGAAAAAUCCUAGCUCAGUUGAAUGGACCAAACUACCCCUGCCACGUCAUUGGUUUAACGGAAUUUGGAAUGGCGUAG